ACGUUGACUCCUUAAUAAUAACCAAUCAUGGUGACACGCCUUUUGUUCGAGGCUCUCUGGCUGUUGUUACCUCAAGAAGCUGCACGGAAAAGUUGCUUUUUCCAAUAACAUCUGUCUCGCUUUUGGAUAUUUUAUUUAACUUAUUAUUUUUAGCAAAUUGCCAUUUUAAGGAAAAUAUUUUUCGACGUUUGCAAAUGAUUUUGCAUCUUUUGGGUUGAUGGAGGAGGUUCGAUGCGAUUAAUCUUCUCCUAGAGACUAGGAAGGACAUAUUCCUGUUCUGGGUUUUGAUCCUUCCUUAUCUAUGAAGAGAACUUUUGAGGUGGGUUUGUGGGAUUUUGAUUCUUUUCUGAGGUAUAUACGAAGAUAGAUGGUUUGAAUGUUUUUGUUGUUGUCUAUUGGGGAGAUUCGGAAGAAGCUGUUUCAUUCUUCAAAUGGAAUAUUUGGAAGUUGAGGUCAGGUUCACAACAUCCGUUUGGCAAAUUGGAAUAGAAUAGAAAUUCUUCAAAGGGCACAAAGAGUUUUUAUUUAUUUUUUUUAAAAAAAUGUUUUUUUGUAUGUGGGGUUUCUCGAAAUUGACGACGUGUUUAACUAAUAUGUAAAAGAAAUGAUUUUUAAUAUUUAAAUGAGCAGUUUGAGAGUUAGCAAAUAGCAAUUCACUGGUUACCAUUUGCCAAGGCUUGAAGGUUUGUGGACAAAACUACUGGAAUCUUUCUCACCCUCUCUCUCUCUCUCUCUCUUUCUGUGUCUCUCUCAUGAAUCAUGUGAGGAUAGUGGUCUUUGACCGUUGCAACCAAUUCUUUCGUGUGUUUGAGAAACUUUGAUUGAGUUGUUGUUAGUUUGGUACAUGGAAUGAACCUUUGACAGAGAAGAAGAUCUCACCAACAAAUAAAGUCUCUAUAUCAGAAUUUCGAAUUGAUUAAGGUUUGGUGAUUUGAUGUCGGGGUUGUUUGUCCUAAAGAGAAAUUGAAACCUUUUAUGAGGCUUUGAAGAAUCCUGCUUCCAAUUUCCUGAAUAGUUAAUUGUUGUGUUGAUUUCUGGGGGACAUGAAGUUUCUAAGCCUUGUGGGGAAUUCUUUUGGAUGUUCUGCAUCUGGUGAGCGCUUAGUUUCUGCAGCAAGAGAUGGGGAUGUUCAAGAGGCCAAGGCUUUAUUGGAAUAUAACCCCCGUCUUGCAAGGUAUUCCACUUUUGGAGUACGCAAUUCCCCUUUGCAUUACUCUGCAGCUCAUGGCCACCAUGAGAUAGUGUGUCUCUUGCUUGAGUCUGGAGUUGAUAUCAAUCUCAGGAAUUAUCGUGGUCAGACUGCAUUGAUGCAAGCUUGUCAACAUGGUCAUUGGGAAGUGGUGCAGACCCUGAUUCUUUUUAAUGCCAAUAUUCAUAAAGCAGAUUACUUAAAUGGAGGUACGGCGCUCCACUUGGCUGCUUUGAAUGGCCAUACCAGGUGCAUUCGGCUUCUCCUGGCAGACUAUAUACCUAGCAUCCCUAACUUUUGGAAUGUAUUACAGACAGAUGAUCAUGAAUCAAUCUUGGAAUUUGAUCAAAGUGGUCUUUGUGAGGUAAUUAACAGAACUGCUGAUGGAGGCAUUACUGCUCUGCAUAUGGCAGCAUUGAAUGGACAUGUUGAAAGUGUGCAGUUACUCUUAGACUUGGGAGCUUCCGUGUCUGAGGUUACUGUGGAGGAUGGAACUACCAUUGAUUUAAUUGGUUCUGGGAGCACUCCCCUCCAUUAUGCUGCAUGUGGUGGAAAUGCACAAUGCUGUCAACUUUUGAUUGCGAAGGGUGCCAUUCUGACUGCUGAGAAUGCAAAUGGAUGGACCCCCUUGAUGGUGGCUCGUUCGUGGCAUAGAAACUGGCUCGAGGACAUCUUAAAAACACCUCAAGCAGACCACUUACAAGUUCUUCCUUCACCAUAUAUAUGUCUUCCUCUUAUGAGCAUUGUCAGAAUUGCUAGGGAAUGUGGAUGGAGGACGAGUGAAUUAGCACCAACAUGCUUAGAUCCAUGUGCUGUUUGUUUGGAAAGGAAAUGUAUGGUCGCUGUCGAAGGUUGUGAUCACGAGUUCUGCACACAGUGUGCCUUGUAUCUUUGUUCUACAAACUCAACCUCAACGACCACUCAUGGCCCCCCAGGUUCAAUUGCUUGUCCUCUCUGCCGGCACGGCAUAGUCUCAUUUGUGAAGCUUCCAGAUACAAGGCCACUACCCAAGGAAAUGCAAAGGACAACAAAUUUGUCCCUAACAUUUUGCACGUGUUCUAGUGAGGUGUUAGGAGAUUCCACUGAUAUGACCACCCCAUUUUGCAAACCAACUUCCCGGGGAUCCAAAACUUCUUCCCCUUCAAGAUCAUUCCGCUCCCUGAGCUGCCAGAGAUUCUCCUCAUUCAAAAUCAACCCCAGCAUUUGCUUGGGAGCAGACGUUGCACCUUCCUUAGUUCCUUGCAAUGCUAGCAGGAACUUGAGAAACCAUUUGGCAAGAUGUUCUGGUUCUGGUUUUAGGCGAGCAUCUUCUCAAACAGAAAGAAGGAAGUCAUGGUUUUGUUCCCUCAAUCAAUCUGUUCCCACAGGCAGUGGAUGCUGAUUUCUUUUUGGUAUCUAUGCUUUUCCAUUUAUCACACCAAUAUAAGCAGUAUAUCCAACGUUAUAUUCAUCAUUCCAAAAUUUCAUCCACGUUUGACACAUUAACCUUGUAAAUACCACCACCCCAAUUGAACAGCUGGGACAAGCAUUUGUUUUUUGGGAGCAAGUUUCACGAUACAAUUUCUACAAGGUUCAUGUUCCGUGCAUAUAGUUCAAGGUCAUCAUCAAACGGACUGAAAAUUUAAAAGACUGAGGAAAAUCCGGUGGUUUAUGAUAACCUUUCACAGCGUAGAUAUUAUUUGAAAUUUGGGUGGAAUAUUCUAUGCACAUGGAGAAAGCCACGGAUGAUGUUAGGCACACGUCACGAGUUCAUUAAAUUUGGUUGAGGUCAUAACCUAAACAACAUCGAUGCCUUAAAUUCAGUUUUCAGGAAAAUAAUAAAUCUGUGCCAGCUGAAAUGUAAGACCAUGAGCAUCUGGACCCACAAUCCCACGUGCAGCUUACAGAGAUUGCAACCUAAACAACAUGGAGCUAAGCAAAAGGAAAAAAAGAUGCUGAAGAUGUAUCCAGUUUGCCAUACUAUAUGCUACUACUUUUCUUUGUUCUUCAUUAUAUUAUUAUGCAAAAACUUGCUAUGCAAAGAAUAUUGAACUCCUCAAUUUACCACAGAAACUGACUAUAGAAGAAUCUUUUCCUUUUAUG